CCUUGUGGGCGACCGCUGCAAAACUGGGCCGGGCCCAUAUUACCCCUCCGCUGUGAGGCCCGAGCCGCGUCGUCCUCCACUCCGGCGGCUGAGCGAGCGCCGCGCAGCGCCGCCGCAUGAACGGGACGCCGCUUCGUUCCACGCCGCCGCGCCUUCCUCCCUCCUCCGGCGAAGAGGCCGCGGAGCGCCGCCGCCGACGCCGCCGAUGAUGAUGCAACCAUCACAGCGGCCGCGCACACGGGCACGGCGAGGGCAGCGCCGCCCUCGUCCUCCUCGUCCUCCUCCUCCUCCUCCGUUGGACUCCGGUGGAUCGGCGUGGAUCGGGACCUGCGUUGAUUCCUCCUCUCGGUGGAGUAUAUUCUGUUCCAAAGAAAUGUCUGCCUCCGAAAACCAGGCCGCUGAAGCUAGCAAGGGUGAUGAUGAGAAGAUGGACCCUCCAAAGAUGAAAAUACGUAUACGUCUACCACCCAGAAAGAGAUUGUCUAAUGGCCUGCUCAAGGCAGACAUGGACGGACCUGAUGAUAGAAACAACGCCCAAAGUAGUGGAGUGCCUGUGCAAACUAAGAGCACAAUACCAAGCAAGCAGUUGACAAUCCCUGCAGCUCAGUGUUACGCAAGCAGCAUCUCCACCAGUAUACUGUGGAAUGAGGGUAAUAACAAUGCCUCGAGCCAGACACUUCCCAAUGAACCUAACUGUGACACUUCUAGCGACAAGCUACCUGAAGAAGCCAGUGACAGCAUCCCAAGCAAGAAGCUGAUAAUCAAAGCAGCUCAGCAUUACACAAGCAGCAUCUCCACAGGAGGACUGUGCAAUGAGGCUAAUAACAAUACCUCGAGCAAGACACUGACCAAUGAAUCUAAUUGUGACACUUCUAGCGACAAGCUACCUGAAGAAACCAUUGACAACAUCUCAAGCAAGGUUCUGACAAUCACUGCAGCUCAACAUCAAAUCGACAGCAUCUCCACAGGAGAACUGUGCAAUGAGGCUAAUAACAAUACCUCAAGGAAGAUUCUGACAAUCACUGCAGCUCAACAUCAAAUCGACAGCAUCUCCACAGGAGAACUGUGCAAUGAGGCUAAUAACAAUACCUCAAGCAAGAUACUUCCCAAUGAACCUAAUUGUGACAUUUCUAGUGACAAGCAACCUGAAGAAGCCAAUGAUACCAUCCCAAGCAAGAACCUGAUGAUCACUGCUGGUGUGUGUAUGGACGAUGUUAGCAAUUACUCUGCAAAAGAGGGUCUAUGUGAGGAUGCCAAUGACACUAUCCCAAGCACGAACCUGAUGAUCACUGCUGGAGUGUGGGGGCACGAUGUUAGCAAUUACUCUGCAAAAGAGGGUCUGUGUGAGGAGGCCAAUGACAUCAUCCCAAGAAAGAACCUGACAAUCGUUGAUGGAGUGUGGGAGGACGAUGUUAGUAAUUAUUCUACAAAAGAAGGCCUGUGUGAGGAGGCCAAUGACACCAUCCCAAGCAAGAACCUGAUCAUCACUGCUGGAGUGUGGGGGGACAAUGUUAGCAAUUACUCUGCAAAAGAGGGUUUGUGUGAGGAGACCAAUGACAUCAUCCCAAGAAAGAACCUGACGAUCACUGCUGGAGUGUGGGGAAACGAUGUUAGCAAUUACUCUGCGAAAGAAGGUCUGUGUGAGGAGGCCAAUGGCAAUAUCCCAAGCAACGCACAUCCUGCAACAAUUAAGGAAUUACCUGCAAAGCCUUUAGAGAGCACGCCAAGCAAGAACCUGACAACUAUUGCAAUGCUGGGUGAAGAGGAAAAUAACAACCCCCUUAGGUUGUUUCAUGAGACUGACAUCAACAUCCCCAGUAAGGUAGUAUUACCUAAAAAAUCUAAGAACAACCAAAGAAGGAACCUGGUAACCACUGCCGUCAAGUGUGAGGAGGCAAACAACGACCCCCUGAGCCGGAGGUUUUCUGAAGAUGCUAAUCGUAACAUUCCUACCAGAAACCUGUCUGAUAAGACUAAGAACAAUGCCCAAAGCAAUAGACCUACUAAUCCAGAUAGGAAGAACAACCCACAGAAGAAGCUUUCUACCACUGCAGUACAUGCUGCUCCUGCCAGAAAGAACACCUCUGAAAUCAAGAUGGCUAACUCUGAAAUGAAGCCUUCUACCUCUUUUGGCCAGGCUGCAGAACAAGGCAUCAAUCUGGCAAACUUGAAGGCCAUAAAACAGUACCAAGAAUUUGAGGAAAAGGUCAAAAGAACUGUAUAUCUUGAUUACUUCUCGCACCAAGCUACAGAGUCAGUCAUCAGAACUGCUCUGAAUCAAUUUGGGACUGUGAGAGAGAUCAAUUUUGUGGUGAACUACACCAUUCCCUUUAGCAUCCCACAGUCUGCAUUGGUCAUAAUGGAGACUGAGAAGGAUGCUGUGGCUGUGGUCAAUAUGCUCAAUGAGUUCCCUUUUAUGAUGUCUGGAAUGCCAAGGCCUGUGAGGGCAACUCGUGCUACAGCUGAGAUGUUUAAUGAUCGCCCCCGGAGACCUGGGAACAAGUUAGAGUUUCGCUGGGUGGGCCCUUCAGAUGCUGAUUAUCAUAUUGUCAAAAAGUUGAAGUUAAUGUCGAGGAGACAUGAGCUGGAUAACUUGGCAUUAGUCAAGCAUGAGCUGGAAGAAGAGCAUUUCCUUGCAAAACAUCAGGAGGAGAUUUUGAAUUGCAAUCAGAGGAAGCUUGAAGUUAUGGACUCCAUCAUGUUGACCGGCAAGUUUACCCACUUGCAACACAUUUAUAGCGUCAAGGUGGAUGAAGUGUUUUGUAACAAAUGGCUCGUGUAAUUAGCCCCGUUCUCCACACAGCACGGGUACCUUAUUGGAUUGGUUCAAUGUUUGUGAACUGACGUCAAGGGUUUCGCAGAAUUUGAAACGCUUCUGAAAUUUGGACUUCAAAGUAGGAGAGCAAAUCUGUCUUCAAUUGCUUGUAUUUGACAUUGGACAAUUAAAGAACUCUCUAUGGAUGGAAAUUUAUUUGUCCUUAGAAAGUUGAUGCAGAAAGUAACGAAAGUAGCUGAACUUUGAGAUUUGGUGACUAUUCUUAACUUGAAAUGAACUUGAAAUCUGUACAUUUUUAUUCGCUAUGAACUUCAUUGCCUCUUGUCAAA